AUGGUAUUCGGACUUCCAGCCUGGAACUACUUCUCAAAGGCUAAUUUCUACCAGAGGCACAGAACUCUCUUCAUGUACAUCAUUGUGGCUAUGACUACGGUCAAUCUAGCUUCAAAGUAUAAGACUAGAUCCAAAAAUGAAUUCAUUAAGGGAUCCUUGCAUUAUACCACUGAUGAUUCCGAUUUUGAGUUCAGGAACACAUCCAACCUCACCGAUUAUGUUGUCAAGAAUAAAUUGAUCGACAAGUAUAGUGAAAAGGUAAUGGCCGAGAGAGUUGCCCUCGAGAGAGAAAUGCAACUAGAGGCUUACAACCAUCUCUACGGAACCUCAUUGAAAAAUGAAUAA